GUAAUCUUUACACAUAAACAAUGCAAAAUGGAGUCAUUUAUUCGGGCAAAGAUGAGAAUGCAAUCUUGUAUGCCUUCAGUUGAAUGUGUUAUAGAGAGUUUUAACAAACACACAAUGACUGUUUAAAUCUGACUUCAUCUUUAUGCGGACAUAAAAACGAGUCAUAACUUUGUAAUUGCUAAAGCAGUUAUCAAAUGCUAGUAGAGGCAUCCUUGUGUCUUUACCUACAUAGUACCCAUGGCAAGCAGUGGUAAUUUACGGCCUGACAAAGACAAGAAAUCCAAGAAAGGCUCCCAAUUUUUUUCUUUUGGGGCGAAGAAAGAUAGUGAAAAGAAAACUUGGUUUCCUUUUCCAUCUUUUUUACCAAAGAUGCAGGGACGGGGGCGCUUUCAAGUAUCAGCUAGUGAGUUUAAAAGUUUACCUCCAGCAAAAUGUCUCAAUCUGCCUUUACAGCAGAGGAUUUUAGGAGCAAUGGACUUCGAAGAAGAGGACAGUAAUCGCAAAGUUGUCCUUGGCAUCUGUGCCAUGGCUAAGAAAUCACAUUCCAAACCAAUGAAUGAGAUCAUACGACGGCUAGUGGACAAUUUUGAGAGGCUCGAGGUGAUUGUGUUUGAUGAGGACACAAUUCUGAACAAGCCAAUUGAAGAGUGGCCCAUAGUCAAUGGAUUUGUUUCUUUUUUUUCUCAUGGCUUUCCUUUAGAAAAAGCCAUUGCUUACAAGAAUCUCCGUAACCCUUUUAUUGUAAAUGACCUUGAAAUGCAGUAUACUCUGCAAGACAGACGCAAAGUUUAUGCAAUGAUGAAGGAAAAUAACAUCCCACAUCCAAGAUAUGCCGUCCUAGACAGAGAGAAUGAUCCUGAUUGUCAUGUCCUGGAGACAGAAGAUUCUAUUGAAGUCAAUGGCAAUUUAUUUAUGAAACCUUUUGUUGAGAAGCCAGUUGAUGCUGAAGACCACAACAUCUAUAUAUAUUUUCCUGUUCAGGCAGGGGGUGGAAGUACUAGGCUAUUUCGUAAGGUGAAAGAUCGCAGCAGUGUUUAUUCUAGAUUCUGCCGUGUGCGCAGCAAAGGUUCCUAUCUGUAUGAAGAUUUUAUGCCAACUGAUGGCACAGAUGUAAAGGUGUAUACUGUCGGUCCUGACUAUCAGCAUGCUGAGGCAAGAAAGUCUCCAGCACUUGAUGGGAAAGUUGAACGGGACCAAGAUGGGAAAGAAAUUCGAUACCCAGUUUUAUUAAGUAACCGGGAAAAAAUGAUUGCUCGUAAUGUGUGUAAAGUUUUCAAGCAAAAUGUAUGUGGCUUCGACUUGUUGAGGGCGAAUACACAACAUUAUGUUUGUGAUGUGAAUGGGUUUAGUUUUGUAAAAACGUCCAGCAAAUAUUAUGACGACUGUGCUAAAAUUUUAGGAACCUUAGUGAUGAGAGCAUGCUGCCCCCAACUACAUAUACCUUAUCCAAUGUGUACAGCCCCAGAAGACAUUCCAGUUGUUCAGACAACAUCCGGGUCUAUGAUGGAAUUGAGAUGUGUUAUUGCUGUCAUUAGACACGGAGACAGAACACCUAAACAGAAAAUGAAAAUGGAGGUUAAAAAUAGAAAGUUUUUUGAUCUGUUUGAGAAAUACGGUGGCUAUAAAACUGGUCACUUGAAGCUAAAGAAACCAAAACAGUUACAAGAAGUCCUUGACAUUGUCAGAGAUUUGCUUGCUGAAGGUCAAUACAAUGCAGACCCAGAAGUGGCAGAAAAGAAAGCAAAAUUAAACCAGCUGAAGCUUGUGUUAGAAAUGUAUGGCCAUUUUUCUGGCAUUAACCGCAAAGUCCAGUUAAAGUACCAGCCCAUGGGUCGGCCAAAGAAAUCAUCUAGCGAGGAGGAUGUCAGCGAUUCAUCAGAACAAGGGGUGGCCUCCCCUGAUGAAAUAGGCUCAUUUUGGGAAGACCAGGUGACCUUAGAUUUAGCAGAUGAUUCACCACGCGAUCCUUCACUUGUCCUCAUUUUAAAAUGGGGAGGGGAGCUGACUCCUGCAGGCAGGAUUCAAGCCGAAAACCUGGGGAAAGCUUUUCGGACCUUAUACCCAGGAGGUCAAGGUCAGUUUGAGGCUCCUGGUCUGGGCUUCCUGAGGCUGCACAGCACUUUCAGACAUGACUUGAAGAUCUAUGCAUCAGAUGAGGGCAGGGUGCAGAUGACAGCUGCAGCUUUUACUAAGGGUUUGUUGGCCCUAGAAGGAGAGCUGACACCUAUUGUUGUACAGAUGGUGAAAAGUGCCAACACCAAUGGUCUACUUGAUGGGGAGUCAAACACAUCCAAGUACCAGAUUGUAGUUAAAGAAAAAUUAAAAGAUAUCUUCAACCAAGACAGGGAAUUUACUGAGGAUGACUUUUUAAAGUUGGCAGCUACAAACAGCAUAUCCCUUGUGAAUGCCAUGCAGUUUGUGAAAAACCCCUUCCAGAUGUGUAUCAGAGUGCAUGAGAUGAUCAAUGAAAUCACUGCCAGGAUCAGAUGUCUGAAAAUGGAGCUCAAAUCUCGAGAUCUUGCUUUGUUUAAUGGAGAGUCUUGGGAGCUUCUUAUCAGAAGAUGGGCUAAACUAGAGAAAGACUUCAGGCUAAAGAAUGGCCGCUUUGACAUCAGCAAGAUUCCUGACAUUUAUGAUUGUAUCAAAUAUGACCUGCAGCACAACCAGAAAACUCUUCAAUUCAAGAGAGCGCAAGAACUAUUUAUGUGUUCAAAAGCUUUAGCAGACAUAAUCAUUCCACAGGAAUAUGGCAUUACCAAAGAAGAAAGACUCCACAUUGGGCAGAGCUACUGCACCCCGUUGUUGCGCAAGAUUCGCUGUGAUUUGCUCCAGUGUAUUAAUGAGCCAAGCACAGAGGACAGCACCACACGACUAGACUCAAAGCAUAUUCAGUUCAUUCUGCACGAAACAAACGAUAUCGACAUUUUAAAUAGAUAUUCAAAUGGUGUUGCCUCUCCAGAGAGAUUUGUUCGCACACGUCUUUAUUUUACAAGUGAAAGUCACAUACACUCGUUCAUGAACAUGCUGCGCUAUGGAGAUUUCUUGGAUGAAGACAAAGAUGAGCAAUGGAAAAGAUCAAUGGAUUUCAUUGGUGCGUGCGCUGAGCUGAACUACAUGUCCCAGAUAGUGCUCAUGAUGUUUGAGGACCCUGCUAAGGAUGAACGAUCAGAUGACAGGUUUCACAUUGAGCUCCACUUCAGUCCCGGCGCCUACACGUCAUGUGAUGAAAUGGCAUCAGAGCCCAAAGGCAUGGGUUUCAGGCCCAAGUCAAAUCGUGACAACUUUAGUGACUCCACCACGCCCACUAACAUCCCAGAGACCCUGGAGGAGUCGACAAUUAUUGAAACCUCCCAGACCCUGGAUGUGACCCCCUGCCUGAGACAGUGCUCGUCAGUGCCGGACAACGUCCAGCAUGAGGACCUGGGUGACCUGGUGGAGGCUGACCUCUUUGCUCACGCCCAGCAAGCUGUUCACAAUAAGGAGAGCCAGUCUGAUACGACCGUCUGUAACAAACAAAAACCAAAGUUCAAGUUCCAGCCCCACUCACCAGAUCCCAACACUCCAGAGUGGGACUGGGGGGAUGACGAUGAUGACAACGACAGGGUGGCCGUCAAAAUAAACACUAAGGAUGAGAAGAGAAAUGUGGAGGUGGCGAAGGAAAAUAAAAAAGAUUUUGAGCUGACACAAGUCAAGUCCUAUCCAAUCAAAGACGAUCUCUCACAACACAAGUCCUACCCAAUCAAGGAGGAGCUUACAAGACACAAGUCGUACCCGAUCAGCAAGCAAGCAGAAACCAGCCCAGACUCAGCUGAUGACCAAAGCUUCAGUCUGCCCAAGUCUGUUGUCAUGGUGCUGCGAAGGCAAGAAAGUAAAUAUGAAAAAGAAAUGCUAGAGGAAGAGAAGGAUUCCUUGACAAAACUCUCUUUUAAAAAAACGGAUCCCAUACAGAUCAAUGUUAUUCCUUCAACAGAUUCUAAAAACGGCAAUGAGGACAAGCGCAGUCGAAGCCUGGAGGACAGCUGUGAUGCUGUGACCAAGCUUCGGGACCAGGAUAUGGAUGACCCACGCGAAAUGAAGGAAGACAGCCUCCCAGAGUUCCCUGUCUUCAGGACGUCAAGUGCCAGAAAUGACAGAAGACGAUUCCAUUUUCUUGAAAACAUACGUGCACACCUUGGUGCUUAUCAAAGAAAUUAUCGCACAAUCCAUCUGCCACUUGGUAGUGACGUUGUUGUGAAGCCUCUCUCACAUUUCUUCUUCUACAACCAGGCACCACGAGGUGGUCCACUCCCAUUGGGGGGGCUCAGCCUGAUUGGCUCCGCCAGCUCUCCAGACUUUUCUCGUCUUGGCGUGCACGGAGAGAUGGCCUUGGAAGGAUUUAACAAUGUCCCUCUGCUGCAUCCUCUGGAGACCCUGCACAACAACUUGACCUUCCAUCAAGUGGAUGACUUCCUGGGUCGUGUCACAACCAAUAAAUUCACAGUACCUGAUGUGACAAUAGCACUAGCAUCACUGAGUUCCAAGACUGUUCUCAGUUUGUGUUCCCCUGGUAGAGAGGUAAGUCCAAGUAAAUUCACAGUACCUGAUGUGACAAUAGCACUAGCAUCACUGAGUUCCAAGACUGUUCUCAGUUUGUGUUCCCCUGGUAGAGAGGUAAGUCCAAGUAAAUUCACAGUACCUGAUGUGACAAUAGCACUAGCAUCACUGAGUUCCAAGACUGUUCUCAGUUUGUGUUCCCCUGGUAGAGUAGCAGAGCUUCCAUCAUCGAGUAAUUCCAGCGGAGGCCCCAGCUCACCUGUUGUGUUGACCACUCCAGAUCUGUAUAAAACGCUGGGCAUGUUUAUGGCCACAAGGUGUGCCUCACAGAGUGAGAGCGAGUCGGGAUCAGAGACAAAGAUAGAAGAUAUUAAAGAUGCUAACAUGUCGCAGAACACAAAAGAUGGAGAAGAAUGUCUGGAUAUAUCUGCAGCAAUGGCUGGCAGCUAUAUUGUUACAAUGGACCACAAGGAUAACAUUUUCUUACCACAAGACAGUUUAGAAGAACUUGUUUUAGAUGAAUCUGGAGUGAAGUGAUUGUUUUCUUUUAUUAGUACUUGGUGAAUUCUGAAUAACUUUUCUUGCACUGUUGAAACAAGUGCUGGACACAUUUUCAUACAUUAGUACUUGGUGAAUCCGGAAUAACUUUUUUUUUUACGAUUUGUUGGAGUGAAUUAUCUCAGUUUGCUAAUGAGAGGGCUACAAGAUUUUUCUUAGAAAUUUGAUGCUCAGUUUUAGUCAUCUAGAAAACAACCACAAGUAUUUUUUUAAAUUAACUGUUUACAUGUGUGCUUUCAAUAAUUUUUUUUAUUGAAUUGUUUGAAUACUCUUAAAAAAGAAAUACUUUUCACAGAACCAUUAAGUAGUGCUGUGUAGGGUUAUGAUUUUUUCCCUUCUUUACCCACAAUAAAGAUUUUCUCUUUUUAUUUGAAUUUUUGGUAAUAAUCAAUAUUCUUAGAAUUUAACAUUGCUAAUUCAGUCCCAACACCAGCUCCCACACCUUUCCCCCUUGUUUCCAAAACUAUGGGACAAGUUGUCAUAAAUAUAUUUUCAUUACAAUUGAUGCAGUAAUAUAGAACUAGCUAUCUUUGUCUAGUCACAAAUUAUACUAGUAGAAAAAGAUUUUAGGGCUUAUUUUAUUAUUAAUCAAGAUGCGACUGUCUUUUUUUUGUAUAUUGUGUUGUAUAAAUUGUAAGUGCCAUUAUAUUUAUAACUGACCAGGCAGCGAAUUGACUGAGUGAAAUACCACAUUGUUUCAAUGCAUUUACUAGGACUUUCAGUAUUUUUUUAUCAUUGAAUAAAUGUCUUUCAUGAUUAUUGGAAGAAAAGAUUU